UAUAAAGGAGACGACACCGACGUUUUCCCCACAAACGAGGUGGGCGCCUGGAAGGUAGCAGAUAAGUGGGAUCUGUUAGGAACAUGGAAGGCAAUGGAAGAACUAGUAGACCUCGGAUUGACUAAAUCUAUUGGAGUGUCCAACUUCAGUAUUUCACAAGUUGAAAGAAUCUGCAAGAUGGCUAAGCAUAAACCUGUUAUAAACCAAGUGGAGUGCCACAUAUAUCUUCCACAGAUAGACUUGUUUGAGGCUUGUAAGAAACUUGGUUUAACAAUAACUGCAUAUUCUCCUCUCGGUUCUCCGGGAAGAUUUGCUCUUUGUAAACAAGCGGGUGAUCCAGUUGUCUUAGAAGAUCCUGUCAUCCUGAAAAUUGCAAGGAAUCAUGGGAAAUCUCCUGCACAGAUUCUUCUUCGACAUUUUAUCCAAAGAGGUAUCAUUGUUAUUCCAAAAAGUGUUACGCCGGAGAGAAUUCAAAGCAAUUUCCAGGGUUUUGAUUUUUCUCUAUCAAAAAAAGACAUGGAGGAGAUUAACAACAUAAAGACUCGACACCGCUUUUUCGACGCCAUUUCUGCGAUGUGUAAAGAUCAUCCAGAGUGUCCAUGGUGAAAUUAAAAAUAACAAUCACAUGUUGGACUUGUAUAAAACAUCUUUGUUCGAACUCUCUUGUAUUUGAAAGAAAUAUUCAUGUAAUAAUUUUAAAUCGCUAGUGUUGUUUCUUUACAAUUGAAGAUGAUAUGAUUCUAGUGUAUCAAA